CUCUUGUUGAAUGUAAAGGGGUGUUCGGUAGGCAGUGGGUGGAACCUACUAUCAUGACUACAGCAGUCUCGUAUCCAAUGUUUGGCUUGACAUAGGUCUUUUUCUUUUGGCAACUCAACUUUCAACUUUUGGGGAAAGUCGUGAGGGUGAACAAAGAGGCUGGCGAUAGGACCUCAUCAUGGCGCAAAGGAUGUUCCAUGAAAGUGGGCAAGAUGGCAGGUCAGUUCUGGGAAUGGUAGCAGUACAGGUGGAAAAGGACCCCAAGACAGGUGCCACUGUUGUCCGAUCGGUGGCACCUGUGUCCACAGAAACCAGUGCUACCCUGGCUACGACUGUCUUUGACGACGGCAGGAAAAGCAUCCAUGCAGUCGCCGGGUCAGGCUGUCAACCCUCAACAGAAGAGCUCGGGCAGAUUUUGAGUGCAGUGGACGGGGUUGGAAUGAGAGUGAUGCUAGAUGAGGUCACCGUCACCCCAAAUGAAGAAUCUAAAAUGGUUCAUACGGAAGCCAACAGAAUUCCCGUGGGAGGACUGCAGGGACAACACAACUCCAGAACCCCGAAGUCCGACGCUAAAGUGGAGCUAGACAACACCAUGGUGGUACGAGACGCAACAGGAAAGGAGGUGAAUAUGGAUGAUCGAAAUUUGGAGGAAAACCCGGUCACUCUUGUGUUCCUGGGCUACACCAACGCCACCCAAGAAACGCAGGACAUGCUAACUGCAGAGCGAGUGAUUAUCACUGACGACGGCGAUGAACACAUGCUGAGACCGCAGUCAACAUUACACGGUGGAACAGAUCAAGAGUUGCAGGGAAAAGAAGGUGAAAUGCAGCAGAACAUUCCCCUCAAGGAAAAACCUCAAACAGCCCAAUCCCAGGAAGACAAUCUCGAUAAGGAAUCAUCUUCCACUGACGCUAAAGAAGGAAAAUCCCAGUCGAAGCGCAAGACUUGUCAGUGUUGUUCAGUCAUGUAAGGAGUUGACGUCAUUUGAUAAUAAUCGUGCUCAGCGGUCCGUCAAGAAUGUAUCACGCCUUUCACCCAAAGCCACGUGGGAUCGGCUCCAGGUGACUCAUAACAGGUGAUGGAACAAUGACUAAAUGAAGGAAAAGGUACAUGUUCCUACCAAUGAACCACUUUAAGAGCCAGCCAUUACCCAACAAAGAAAUGUGUUUUGGAGCACAACUGUAAAUAUACACCUAAAAGCUGAUGGAUAUUGUAUCAGCUGACUUCCUUCAAGACAGCUAACAAGCAUAACAAGGCUAUUUUGUUUCCCAAAAUACAAAAGAAACAAAUGUCUAGGUUGGCUCUCAAGAGGAUACACACUAUGAAGGACCGCAGCCCGUUUUAGACUUCCCACCUUUUGACUCUGACUGGUGCUACUGGUGCUACUGGUGCUAUGCUGUAAGUCAGCAAACGGGAACAGGCAGCUUCUCAACAGCUCUCUCAUGAAAACCACUUCCUCCCCCUAGAGGAGAAAGGCAAGCAAUUCAACAUGCACUCCUCCGCCUGUUUAUCUCAGGAUAUUUUUGUGCUUCUUUUAACCCUCUAAAAAUGUUUUAUAUGUUUUGUAUGUAAUAAUGAUAGUAUAUAUGGGUGGGACUGGACAUUUUUUUGCAUGGAUAAAGCAUGUUUCUG